AUGCAUCUCUUGACACAACUCAUUACCAUGGUCGUUGCCGUGGCUGUCGCCGUCGCAGCCGAUACCAUCACCCCCAAGGUCAUGAUUGUUUCCAUGUUUGCUCCAGAAGCACAAGCCUGGUACCACAAAUUCGAGCAUUGCGGACUUGGCAACCUCUCCGCCAUCGACAUUACCACCCGCGGCCUCUCCAUGCUAUUCCCCUCCAUCUCCUGCACGCAGGACGCCAGCGUCUGCCACGUCACCGUCGGCGAGGGCGAAAUCAACGCUGCAGCGUCCGCCAUGGCGCUGCUCCUGUCGCCAGCCUUUGACUUGCGCAAGACGUACUUUCUCCUCGGCGGCAUCGCAGGCGUCAACCCGCACCGCGCGACGCUAGGCAGCGUUGCGUUUGCACGGUACGCUGUGCAGGUGGGACUGCAGUACGAGGUCGAUCCGCGCUCAGCGCCAGACGACUGGGACACGGGCUACAUUUCAUACGGCAGCGACCGACCUCACCAGUACCCGAGCGUUGUCUAUGGCUCCGAAGUCUUUGAGCUCAACGCCAAGCUGCGUGACGCCGCCUACGAACUGGCCUCGACGGCCACGCUCGACGACGCCGACAAUGCGCGCGCUCUCGGUGCGCAAUACGCGGCCGGGAGUGCCGCCGCUCCUCCCGGCCUGGUCAAGUGCGACGUCACGACGAGCGAUGUCUAUUUUGUCGGGGACAAGCUCGCGCAAGAAUUCGACGCGACGACCGAGAUCUGGACCAACGGCACCGGUGCGUACUGCAUGAGCGCGCAGGAAGACAAUGCCAUUCUCGAGGUCCUCGUGCGCGGCGCCGCCGACCGCCUCGUCGACUUUUCCCGCAUCGUGCUCCUACGCGCCGGCGCCAACUUUGACCGCCCGCCGCCGGGCGUGCCCAUUCGCGACUUCAUGGCCGAGGCCGCCGCGCAGCCCGGCCAGGCCAUUGCGGCGCAAAACAUGUACAGCGCUGGGGUGCAGGUCGUCCGCGGCAUCGUCCGCGGCUGGGACGAAACGUUUGCGCGGGGCCUCGCGCCGGAUAAUUACGUGGGAGACAUGCUCGGCAGUCUUGGCGGCGAGCCCGACUUUGGCACGCCCGGGGUGAGGCUGGACGCGCAGCGUCGGCUGGUGACGGCAGGAUCGAAUAGGCAAGCGAGGAGGCGAGUGCGGAUGCAGUCACAAGAGCAUGUAGAAGCGCGGCGCCAAGAACGGCAGAAGGAGGCAAACUUGGCAAGAGCGUAG